UCACUCAAAUUAGGGUUUCAAUUACAUUCUCUUAGAAUGAUGAAUCUCCCACUUAUUUGAAGAGUUCGUUCAAGAAUCGGAGCUGUUCCCUCUCUCCCACCCACUACAAUGGUUGCUAAUGCUCCACCACCUGAGUUGUUGCCUUCAGGGAACUCUUGCUGCCUCGCGUGGCAAGAGAAGUACCUAGGCAUGAAGAAGAGGCGUGAUGCUUGUAAAGAAGCGAUCCAGAUUCUCCAGAAGGCCAUGGGAGCUGCUAAUGAUGAGACAUCCAUUCUCCAGAAUAAACUUACGGAGAUGGCGGAUAAAAGGCAAGCUAAGGAAAAUGAUUCAGUGGCAAAAGCAUCUUUGGAGAAAGAAAUAUUUGAGUUGAAGUCUGAGAUUUUUUCUUUGCAACAGAGAUUGGAGCGGAACCUUCAAGAAAAAAGUGAUCAAGUACAAUUUAUUCAGUCUUCUAGUGUGGAGAAGGAGAUCAGUGAACUGAAGAACCUGCUUAAGAAAGAAACAUUAAGGGCUGAUAAUUCCGAGGAAGAGAGGGAACAGAUUUGUAAAGAAUUGAACAAGACAAAGGCUCUGCUGGCGAAAUAUGAGGAUAUCAAGCCACACGUUCCUGAGGUGGAAAAGGAAAUUAGUCUGGUUAAAAAUCUUCUUGCAAGCGAGAGGCAUAAGACAGAGUCAGAGCGGAAGAAAGCAGAAUCGGAGAAUAAGAAAGCUGAUCAGUAUCUUUCUGAGUUGGUGGUUUUAAGAAGUACAGCUAAGAAGACUAGUUCGGAUUUACUUGCUUUAACCUCCAGUAUUGAGACCGUGAAAAAGCAGCUCGAGUCUGAAAGACAAAAGACACUGAAAGAGAGAAAACGGGCAGAUAUGGAGAGUGCAAAAGCUAAGGAACAGAUGAAGCUGGCAGAAGAUUUGUCUAAGAAGUUUGAGACUAUUAGAGCUAGAAAUGAAGAGCUCAAGAAAGAAGCAGAACUACAGAGCGCUAGUAGCAAAGUAAAGUUUGCUGAAAACUCGGCAAAACUGGAAGAGAAGGUAAGGCUUCUUGAGAUGAGUAAGAAAGAAGCCAUUUUCUGGAAAUCUCGUGCUGAUGAUCUGACUCAGCAGUUACAAGAAUUACAAUUAGUGACUGGGGGUUUGAAAAAACAGGUGCAUCAGCUUUCUCUCUCUCAAAAAUCCUCUGAGACUUGCUCCGUUUCUCCUCAUAAAGUCAGAGACCUGGAAAAGGCCAAAAUGAGGCUUUUGAAAAAAGAGGUGAAGUUCAGGAGGAAAUGUGCAAAACACUCCAAGGAGGUGGCUGAGUUUGAAAGGUUCCGAAGAGAAUAUCAGGCCAAAGAGAUAGGUCGGUUAAUACUUGAGUUCGGUAGUAUUACAAAUCACAUGAAUUUGCUGGAUAGACUUUCAAGAGGCGUUGGAGGUACAUCUGGUCGUCCAAAGGCGGAGAAACGCAUGAAACGGCAGAUGCUACAGUCCCAGAAAAACCUUAAAGGUGAAAAGCAUUCUGACGCAAGGUGCCAGUUGGUAGCAAGCUCUGGUUCUCAGGAGCAGGCUCGCAAGCUCUCUACUCAGUUAAUUGCUAAAUCCAGACAAGGCGUGCAUGAGUCUGUCUCAGGUACUAUUUCUCAAUUGGAGUCUCCUACUGGAGGCUCUAGAGAAUCGCAGACUUCUGGAGAAAUUUCCAGCGCAACAUCUUGUUCUGAUGGGCAGUUACUGACCUCACAGGGAGCACAACAUUUCUCUGAUACCACUUCAGCAGAAACAUCAAGAGAUGAAGCGCAUAUCCAACCUACAAAAAUCAAUAUGUUCCAGAAAAUCGAUACCAGGAAAAAUGGAAAUCUCUGUUUGGUGGCUGAAAACUGUCUCCAAGGAUCUCAGAAAGAUAAUCAUGAGGUGGUUAAUGAGCACUCUCGAAAAAGAAAAGGAAUGCCAGAGGUAGUUGAGUCCCGUAAGCAUCGGUCAUCUGAUUAUACAAAGACAAAUGUACAGAGAGAGAAGCUGGGCAAAUUGCAGCCUUUAGAAGAGAAAGAAUCCUUGGUCCUUGAUAUUCAAGGUGUCUCCUCUGCAAAUUGCACUAGAAUUUCCAAGAAAAGAAGGGUUUCUUGUGAGAAAAAGACAGUUAUACGGAGCACUCUUCAGCUUAAUUGCCCAGCCAAGACUCAAGGCAAUAAAGCUGGAAGUACACAGGUCGCUUGGAAUACUACGUGCCUCUCUACUGCUAAAGAACAUGCUGCAGCAGCACUAUUUCUGGACGACAUUGCUGCUACAGAUGUUAUGAAGUUGUUGGAGUUGGAGAAACCAGAAGAUGAAAGUCAUUACAAGAUGGCAAGAGAAUCAUUUAUAUCCCCGGAUCUUCCUCAGGUAGAUUUUUUGGAUGGUCCGAUCGUGAAUGAAGACAAGAGUCCUGCUCCGGCUCUUGACUUGGUUGAUAGAAAUAGCGUGGAUUUACGUGAUUCCAUAAAUUCUAGUGAAGCUUCUAAUUUCGACACUCAGAAUGCUUCGGUGACAGACAAAAUGUCACCCAUGUCAACAACGGUGCAUGAUGAUACUCUCAAACACUUUGUUGUGUUUUCAAAUAUUGAAGACCAGAACAGUAUCAUCAAAAUUUUACAUGCUGCAAACAGUUGUGUUCAGCGAUGCCCAUCAGUUAAUAAAACAGAAUGGGCAGUGCCAGCAAUUCUGUUCUCUUUGAAAAGGGAAGAAAAUCUUUUGGCCCGGGACAGGGUAUGUGUGUUCCUCUCCUUGAUGCUGCACAACUUCUCUGUGGUUUCCUCAAUGAAUAUUGGGAACAUUCUGGAUGAUAAUUCUUCCUCCUGCUUGGAUUCUUUUUCGAAGCAUAUAUCUAGUGUUAUGGCUGAUACUGAAGCUGGGGUAAUUCUUUCUGAAUUUUUGGAAGAACUCCUUAGUCUUCUUCAGGACCUCCUUUCCGAGCAGAGGGUUUUAUUUUGUGUUAAAUCCUCAAAAACGUCUGAAUCUGAUUCAAGCAUAUCUGUCACCCUGAAUGGAGAAAAUGUAGCUCUCUUCAGCAGAAUGGCUCCAACUGAUCAUUUGGUGGCUGGAAGUGCUAUGUUGGCGGCGAUAUGUACUGCUGUGGACCGUGUUGGAUUUAUCCGUGAAGCUUGCUUUGAAAUCCUGCGCAAGCAUAGACAUGAAAAGACCGCAAUGCCACUGACCAUUCUUCACGUUUUUGCUCACAUUGCUGGAGAGAAAAUGAUGCCUUCCAGUGAUCAUGACCUAUCAAUUGCAGUGUUGAAAUCCAUUGUGAUGUUUCUAGAGCAGAGACAUUUUGGUACUGUGGAGGGAAAUACUUAUUUGCACUCAUGCAAGAACAAGUGUAUAUUCUCAGACAGGUCUUCCUCGCUGGCGGCUAUGGCAUCAAUGCUCAUGGAAAUCAUUCAAGAGUUUACUCAGUCGAAUACUUUGCAUAAGAGCUUGACCGAGAAGGCAGAGUUUAGACUGGCACACAAGGAUUUCCAUUGCGUAUUGGCCAGGGAUCAAAGUGUUACUUUAUGUGACAUUCUGUCACUGGUGGAGCUUAUCGCUUGUUACACGGAAUGGGAUUGGACUAGUGAGAACAUUGUUGCUCCACUGCUUAAGAUGCUGGGAAGGCCAUUGUCAACGAACCUUUCGGUUGCAAUCGUCUCUCUUCUUGGGCAACUUAGCAGUAUUGGAGUGGAUGCUGGUGGCUAUGAAAACGAAGGAAUCUCAAACUUGAGAGAGAAACUGUCAGCAUUUCUGCAGAGCGAGACGACACUAAAAGCUGGCUUUGCAGUCCAGAUAGCAACUGUGAGCUCCCUCCUGAAUACAAUUCAGCUGGAUUUCCCGAUAGUCUUUCAAGGCAAAACCACCACGCUUCCUGGUUGUGGUGACGAGACCUCAUCUGCUUCAGCCAAUCUGGUCGCCAAGUGGUUCUUUUUGUUGAGCGACGAUCAGCGAGUUUUCACAAACAAGUUCUUACAAACCUCUUGUGUUAGAUGAUUCCUUAGUUCCAAGAGUCAAUCAAAAGCACUAAAGUUUUGGGUAUCUCUCUCACUGUUUGAUUCCCCUUCACUGAGUGAUGGUUUUCUGGUUCUAGGACGCAGAUAUUAAUGAAAAUUUCUUAAUUUUAACAUAA